AUGGGGCGAAAAUUCAAAAGGAACGACAAGAAAAAGAAUCCGAAUCUGGAAGCAAAGGGCGUGAGAGGAAAUUACCAUUUGGAUGCCAUCGUGAAAGAGAAUGAUCUGCUUUUCGAUUACUACAAGAAGCAGGGAAUCAUUUUGGAGAAAGAAUGGGAUUCUUUCCAAGAGAUGCUGAAACGAGACUUGCCUUCUGCUUUCAGGAUUCAAAGUUCGUUACCGUAAGCAUUUUUUGAAAGUUCGUUUUGCUACUUUGGGAUGAGUAAUAUUUUUGGGGUUUCCAGAGAGAGAGAUGUUCUGGAGCGAGCACUUCAUGAAAAUUUCAUAGAUCAAAUGGACAAAAAUCCUGAAACUAAAGCAUUGGUACCCCAGAAGCUGAGCUUUGUUCCGUAUGCUUACCAAAUAAAUGCCUCCAGGGCUGAAGUCAGGAGCGUUGAGGCUCUAAAAAGUCUGCACGAGUUCUUAAUAAUUGAGACGGAGAUUGGGAAUAUCUCGAGACAAGAAGCUGUAUGUUUGUUUUAGCUGUUAGGAAUCCUAAUUUAAGGUGUCAAUGGUUCCUCCGUUACUCCUUGAUGUGAAACCGGAGCAUCUUAUUCUCGACGCUUGUGCUUCACCAGGAAGUAAAACAACUCAGAUUAUUGAAAUGAUGCAUAGAAAUGAGCCAAACCCAUGUAGGUCUUUAACUAUUUUUACUACUUUUUAAUUUAGCUGGGCUCCUUGUCGCAAAUGACAUCAACAAUUCCCGGUGUUAUCUACUGGUUCAUCAAACCCUGAAGCGUCUUCCCACAGCUAAUUGUGUUGUCGUCAACCAAGACGCCUCGGAAAUGCCGGCUAUUAUUGACGAAGCUGGUAGUCCAGUCUUGUAUGACAGAGUUCUCUGUGAUGUAAUCUGCAGGUAUUUUUUGAGAAAAAAUGAUUUUGAUAUUUGGUUUUUAGUGGAGAUGGAACAUUCAGGAAGAAUAUGGAGUUAUGGAACUCUUGGAAUCCUCAAAAAGGCAUUAAUCUGCACAAGAUACAGCAAAACAUUGCCCGCAGAUGCAUCGAAUUGUUGAAAGUUGGAGGAAUCAUGGUUUAUUCAACUUGCUCUUUAAACCCAAUUGAGGAUGAAGCUGUUGUAGCUCAUAUGUUAAGAACAUUCGACGGGUGUCUAGAGCUCGUGGACGUCAGCGAUCGACUUCCAGGGCUUAAGAGAUCUGCUGGUUUGUCGACCUGGAAGGCAAGUACUUAUUUUGGUGAAGUUAUUUUCUCUCAUACAUUUUAAAUUUUGCGAUUGUGAAGGUUUAGGUGUUUAACGUGGACAUGAAAGAGUAUACGGAUAUGGAUUCCUGCGGAGACAAGUAUAUCGUUCCCUCCAUGUUUCCCCCUAAAGAAGAUGAAGUGCAGAACUUCAACCUUGAUCGCUCGUUCAGAAUUCUGCCACAUUCGCAAAACUCUGGAGGGUUUUACGUCGCCGUUUUGAGAAAGACAAAGGAAACUUUCAUUUCUCCGAGAGCCACGGCGAAAGUCAUCAGGUAAGAGAUAUUCUGCAAUAGAAUACAGCUUUUAGACCUCCCCCUGCCAAAAAAAGAAAGUUUAACAAAGAAGAUCCGUUUGUGUUCUUGAACUCGGAAGUUGAAGACUUGAAGGGUUCCUUGAAAGAACAUUUCGGAAUAGAAGACAACUUCCCUUAUAACAAUCUCUUGAUUAGAACGGCAAAUGUUGAGAAAAAGAAGGGAAUCUACUAUGUUAAUGAUCGCCUUCGUCAAUUCUUGCAAUCAAACAUCGACCGUUUUCAUCUGGUGAAUGCCGGAGUUUUGUUGAUGAAGAAAGUGACCAAAGUCUCUCCAUGUGAAUACAGGUUAUCACAAGAUGUAUGUUUUUUUUCACGAAUACAUCCGUUUUAGGGUAUUCCAUAUCUCUCCCAAUUCUUGAAUAAAAGGGUUAUCAAAAUUGGAACGGAUGACCUGUGCCGCAUCUUACUUGGUGUCAAUGACCAACAUUAUAUUGGCUUCGAACACAUUGAGGACAAGGAGAAAUUCGCUGGACUAGAUGCAGGAACAGUUGUAUUGGAGGUAGAAGUCGGAGGGAUCCGAAAAGAAAUAUGUGCUUGGAUGGGGGCUCAAACGAUAUCCGCGUUUAUAAGCCGAGAAGAGAAGAUCCAUUUGCUGACAUUGCUGGGAAAGGACACAACUCCUUUGAGAAAGAUGGUGACUACUUCUAGACGAGCUAAAGCGGACAAAGGGCGUUUCCAACAGGACAUUGAAAAUGGGGACGAGCCUGUGAAAGACGAGGAAAAUGAGACACCCACAGAAACUGUUGUUGUUUGA